AUGUCAUCUGGAGGUAUGGAAUCAAUUGUGGAAAAAAUGCUUGGCGAGGCUGCCCAUCGUUUUCUCGGGAUCAACCCGGAAACUGGUGCGAUUAUUGGCGCUAUAGCUGGCAACAUCAUUUUCAACAUGGGUGGUCGUGGCAACUCGUUGACAAGCAUUGGAAAAGUGAUUUUAGACAACAUUAUCAGUGGGAAGUAUAAACGAGACGUACAUCCAUUCAUCCCACCUGUUCCUACACCUGGUGCAACGACAUUUGGAUUAGAUUUUUACAAAGAACGUGAACGUUGUCUGACUAGCAAGAUUCUCUUCGAAGACCCGGAAUUUCCAGCUGCUGAACGAAGUCUCUACUACAAAACACCACCCGAUCAGCAUGUCGAGUGGAAACGCCCUGGAGUGAGU